UGUUCCUCUCAUGUCGGCUUGUUGCAAAGAUGGUGCCCACUGGCCAAAAGCCCACUUUGGAGGAGCGGAGAGAGCGCAAGAAAUUGCAGAACCGACUGAACCAGAGAGCGCGCAGGCAGCGGAUCAAGGACCAAGAGGGCACGGAUACCAAGACUCAAAAAAAACCUUUUCGGAUUGAACGCUGGCGAUUGGAUGAUGGUCUUGGCUUCUCAUUGCAGACUUCUCGGCCCGUGGUUCUUACUUCGGAGACCGCUGCCAACGACCAACAGGUUCUUGACCAUGGAACCACCCAACUACUCCAGCCUCAGGUAACCAAGUUCCGCAGGAUACCAAGCAGAGCACUGCUUUCUCUAGAGCCCAAAGUAGUCCAUAAUACCGGGCCUUCUCUACCUGCUGACCACAUUCUGACCCAUCUCAUCACCCACAACACAUGCCGAGGGCUCAUGCAUAACAGGGUGAAUAUUCUCUCCAGAUACGUCCUCAAAGCGAGCAAUAGCAGGCUUUGUAUCAUAUCCUACAUGGUAUUUGGCUGAACUAGCGUUAAUGACUUGUGCUUAGGCCAUCGCAAGUUUGGUUACGUUAGUUGAGUAAUGUCCCAAUAAAUUACCUUGCCGAUGUAACACGAGAAAGAUUUAGGUUUAUAUGGGUGUGGAGUUGCGGAGUUGCGGAGUUGCGACCGUAAAGGUCUAAUUAGGAGAAAGGAGUAGUCAGGAGGCAUAGAAAUAUAUAGAAUAGCCUCACAGCCGAG